AGCUGGCUUGAGCAACUGAACUGGAAACAAGAUGCAGGACCCCAACGCAGACACUGAGUGGAAUGACAUCUUACGCAAAAAGGGUAUCUUACCCCCUAAGGAAAGUCUGAAAGAAUUGGAAGAGGAGGCAGAAGAGGAGCAGCGCAUCCUCCAGCAGUCAGUGGUGAAAACAUAUGAAGAUAUGACUUUGGAAGAGCUGGAGGAUCAUGAAGACGAGUUUAAUGAGGAGGAUGAACGUGCUAUUGAAAUGUACAGACGGCAGAGACUGGCUGAGUGGAAAGCAACCGAACUGAAGAACAAAUUUGGAGAAGUUCUGGAAAUCUCAGGGAAGGAUUGUGUUCAAGAAGUUACCAAAGCUGGUGAGAGCUUAUGGGUCAUCUUGCACCUUUACAAACAAGGAAUUCCCCUCUGUGCCCUGAUAAAUCAGCACCUCAGUGGACUUGCCAGGAAGUUUCCUGAUGUCAAAUUUAUCAAAGCCAUUUCAACAACCUGCAUACCCAAUUAUCCUGAUAGGAAUCUGCCCAAGAUAUUUGUUUACCUGGAAGGAGAUAUCAAGGCUCAGUUUAUUCGUCCUCUGGUGUUUGGCGGCAUGAACCUGACAAGAGAUGAGCUGGAAUGGAAACUGUCUGAAUCUGGAGCAAUUAUGACGGACCUGGGGGAAAACCCUGAGAAGCCGAUUGAAGACUUGCUGCUGUCCUCAGUGCGGCGCCCUGUCCUCAUGAGGAGGGACAGCGAUUCCGAGGGUGACUGAGGCUGCAGCUGCUAU